UUUUUUAAAAAUUUUUUUUUAUAUUUAAGCUAUUUAUUAAUGGGAAAAGAACAAUUUAAGGAGGCUGAUACAUCUCGUAAAGUUAUUGGAGUGAAAUUCACUGCAGGAAAUACAGAAUUAAUUAGACAAGCAGCGCAUAUCCAAAUAUUUAAUAAUCGACUUUAUGAAGAUGUCCAAGGGAAAUGGCUUCCUGCUCAAUAUGGACCUCUUGAUAGUCGACUUGGAACAUUUCAAAAAUCACUCAAUUGCCAAACAUGUAACAAAAAUAUGAAUGAUUGUGUUGGACAUUUUGGAUUUAUUGACCUAGAAUAUCCUGUUUUUCAUGUUGGAUUCUUUCGUUUAAUUAUUCAAACUCUUCAAUGUAUUUGUAAAGGUUGCAGUCAAACUUUAUUACAAGAAGAACAAAAAUCUUUACUUUUACGACAGGCAUCUAAUCCAAAUCUUGAUUAUUUACGCAAAAAGGCAUUGCAGAAAAAGAUUGUUACUUUGAGCAAAAAAAUCAGUAUGUGCGCAAAAUGCGGGUUUUUAAAUGGAGUCGUCAAAAAAGCUGUCGGUUCUGUCUUAAAAAUUGCACACCAUGAACCACUUUCAGCUGAAAUAUUGGCAGCCGUUGAAGACAGAAAUGAGCUACAACAAUUACUUUCUAGUUCAAAACAAAAUUUGCUUGAUCCCCUAAAAGUUAUGGAAAUUUUUAAAAGAAUUGAUUUAAAAGAUUUACCGUUAUUAAUGAUCGGGGCAGAUGAAUGUAAACAUCCGUUACAUUUUUUAAAUCAAAGAAUUCCUGUUCCACCUGUGUGUAUUCGACCGUCGGUUGUUUCUGAAUUAAAAUCUGGCUCUAAUGAAGAUGACAUCACAAUGAAAUUGACUGAAAUUAUGUUAAUUAACGACAUUCUCAAGAAGCAUAAAAAAGAUGGAGCGCCAAUGAAAACAAUUUGUGAAACAUGGGAUCAUUUACAGGUGCAAUGUGCUCUUUAUAUAAAUUCUGAAAUGAGUGGACUUCCUCCAGAAAUGCAACCAAAAAAGUUUUUACGCUCAUUUGCUCAACGUUUAAAAGGGAAACAUGGUCGUUUUCGUGGCAAUUUAUCUGGUAAACGAGUGGAUUUUACUGCAAGAACUGUUAUUUCACCAGAUCCGAAUCUAAAGAUUGAUCAAGUUGGAGUUCCCUUACAAGUUGCAAUGACUCUUACAUUUCCUGAGGUUGUAUGUCGUUCAAAUAUCGAAAGAUUACGGAAAGCCGUAAUUAAUGGGGAAUUAGUUCAUCCUGGUGCUAAUCAGAUAAUUGAUUGUAAAACUGGAAAUAAACGCUCUUUAAGAUAUGGAAAUCGUGCUAUUACUGCAAAAAAUUUACAAAUUGGUGAUACUGUUGAGCGUCAUUUGUCAGAUGGAGAUGUUGUUCUUUUCAACAGACAACCCUCUCUACAUAAAAUUAGUAUAAUAUUCAAUGAAUGUGCUUGUACUCCAUACAACGCUGAUUUUGAUGGUGAUGAAAUGAAUGUGCAUUUUCCACAAACUUAUGAAGCAAAAGCAGAAUCAUCGCUUCUUAUGGGCGUUAAGCAUAAUUUGGUUAGUCCUCGUGCUGGACAGCCUUUAAUAGCUGCAAUUCAGGAUUUUAUCACAGCUGGUCAUUUACUUACUAAAAAGGAUACAUUUUUAACGCAUAGUGAAGUUCAACGAAUUUCUGCUACACUUCUCGACAUUACAGAAAUAAAUCAAAGAAAGAUAAGAUUGCCACCACCUGCUAUAAUUUGGCCUAUUAAAUUAUGGACUGGAAAACAAUUAAUCGAGUUGGUAAUUGCACCUUUCGUUGAUUCAAAUGUUCGAUUAAAUUUGUCAACUAAAAAUAAAAUUCAUAAUCCAGAUGAUGGAGAAUUUACUCAUAAAGAUACAUAUGUUAUUAUUCGAAAUAAUCAACUACUUUGCGGUUCACUUGACAAAACUCUUUUGGGGUCUGAAAGCAAAACAUCUAUUUUCUAUACCCUCCUUCGUGAUUGGGGCGAACAACAUGCAAUCGAUGCUAUGUGGAGAUUAGCUCGCUUUUCUGGCGUUUAUUUAUCAAAUCGUGGAUUUUCUAUCGGCAUUGGUGAUGUUAGGCCGAACCAACAACUUUUGGACGAAAAACGCAUACUUCUCGAGAAUGGAUACAAAACUUGUGAUCAAUUAAAUAAAACAAUGAAAAUGGAAAAACAGAAAACAAAACCAGAUUUUGGCUUGGUGGAAGAAUUGGAAGCAAAAAUUCUGAAAGAACUUUCUAAUAUUCGUGAUCAAGCAGGAAAGGCAUGUCGUGAAUUUUUGAGUAAAAACAAUACUCCACUCACUAUGGCACAAUGUGGAUCUAAAGGCUCAUUUAUUAAUAUUGCUCAAAUGAUUGCACUUAAUCGCUCAUUACCUCAUUUCGAACAAAAUGAUCGAUCUCCAGAUGCUAAGGGGUUCGUAGAAAAUUCUUUCUACUCCGGACUUACUCCAACAGAAUUUAUCUUUCACACAAUGGGUGGUCGUGAAGGUUUGGUAGACACAGCAGUAAAGACUGCAGAAACUGGUUAUAUGCAGCGAAGAUUAGUCAAAUGUUUGGAGGAUUUAGUUGUAUCUUAUGACAACACAGUUCGAACAUCAACAAAUGAAGUUGUACAGUUUGUAUUUGGCGAUGAUGGACUUGAUCCGUCUUAUAUGGAGGCUCGUGAUGGAAAAUUGUUAGAUUUGUCCCAUCUUCUCAAUCAAGUUAAAAGUACUCAAAAAGAAUUAUCUCAACAAACUGAUUACCCUAAUGAUGCUUCUGUAUAUGAAUUGGAUAGUCUUGAUAUUAUACGUAAAGAAAUUGAUUUAUCACUUGCUUCAAUACAAAACGAGAUAAAAGACACAAAAACCAAACAAUUAUUGGUUACAAAUAAAUUCGCCGAUGGGCUUUAUGAUUUUAUUUGCAAACAUUUUAACGCAAACAAAAAACUUUUACAAUUACAAGUUAAUUGUGAACGACACAGAGCAUAUAUGUCUCCAACAACUCGUUCUGGUAAAGUCUGUUGCAAAACCUGUGAAGACUUUAGAUUUCGCCGACAGGCCCAGCUUCGCUCUAAUGGCCUUAGUUUAGCUCAGAUCCGUCAAUUUCUUCUGCUUUGCCAAGGAAAAGUUCGUAGAGCGAUUGUUGAACCUGGCACUGCUGUUGGGGCAGUUGCUGCUACUUCAAUUGGCGAACCAUCUACACAAAUGACUUUGAAGACUUUCCACUUUGCCGGUGUUGCUUCUAUGAAUAUUACGCAAGGAGUGCCACGAAUUAAAGAGAUAAUCAAUGCAGUACGCAGUAUUUCAACUCCUAUAAUAACAGUAGCUUUGUCAAAUGAUAAGGAUGAUAAAUUAGCAAAACGUGUAAAAGCACGUAUUGAACGCACAACUUUAGGAGAAGUUAGCGAAUAUGUUGAACAGAUUUUCCUUCCUGAUGAUAUGUUUGUUCUUGUUAAAUUAAAUGUUCGUCGUAUAAGAGAACUCCAAUUAGAAGUUACACCUGAUUCCAUUAUCCAAUCAAUUUGUUCUGCACGUUUACCAAUCCCUUCUAUAAAAUCUUCACAGGUUCGAACAGUUGGAAAGUCAAUAAUAUUGGUUCGACCAGUUGACACAGGAAAAUGUUCAAUGGCAAUGUAUAUGCAUUAUUUAAAAUACUAUUUACCAACUGUUCCAAUUAAAGGAAUUCCCGGUGUUACUCGUUGUGUGAUUAAUGCUGAUGAUAAGAAGGGGGAAUCUUUUCAGUUGUUUGUUGAAGGUUCAAGCUUUAAAGAGGUUUUGGCGCUGAAUGAAGUCAAUGGAAUUAAGACAAGAUUUAACAAUGCAAUUAUUAUUGCCGAAGUAUUGGGGAUUGAAGCCGCUCGUGGUUCAAUAAUUUCUGAAAUUCUGAAUACAAUGAGUGAACACGGAAUUGAAUUAGAUCGUCGACAUGUUAUGUUACUUGCUGAUUUGAUGACAUAUCGUGGCGAGGUGCUUGGUAUUACAAGGAAUGGGCUUGUAAAAAUGAAGGAAUCUGUGCUUUUGUUGGCUUCUUUUGAACGAACAAUUGACCAUUUAUAUGAAGCAGCGUUUUUUGGACAAAAAGACAGAAUUGUGGGUGUUAGUGAAUGUAUAAUAAUGGGUGUACCUAUUGGAAUUGGAACUGGAAUGUUUAAACUUUUACAAAAGCAAAUAUCUCAGAAAAAAUUAGAAAGUGAACAGCAAGACAAUAAAGGAAAGAUCCAAUUACUUUCUCCAAAACGAGAAGUUUUGAGUGCAUCUACUUCUCAACAAACGCAGAGUUUGGGUCCUUCAACUAGUGGAAGAAGACGGCGUCAAGCCUCUACAUCUACAGCACCUCUUAAAGAGGCUAAAAUGGAAAUCGAAAGUAGUGAGGAACAAAGUAUUGAAUUAUUUUUCAAGCAUUUUAUGCGGAACACUAGAAUUGGACGCUUUACGCGUGGAUAUUUUUGCACAACUAUAGUUUUCCAUUUUCUAGCGUUUUUCUUUGGAGCUCAAAUUUUUAGUUUUGACACCUUCCUUUUUGCUCUUCUUUUAACUACCACUACAUUCUUACCUUUAAACAUCUCUUGUUCUGAAAGUGCUGAAAAGUUCUGGAAUUGUUGGGAUAAUCAUCCACAAACUAUUUCUCAAUUAUAUUCUACUCGUGUUGCUUUUGGUAGUUUAAUUGGUUCUUGGAUUGGUGUUUUUGUUGUUCCUUUAGAUUGGAAUCGUGGCAACGUUGGCCUAUUUGCUCCGUCUUUGGUUUAUUUAUUUUUUCACUUAUUGGUGUAUUGUCUGCUUAUUUCCGUCUAUUUACUAAUUAUCCGAUUAACAAGGCAAAUGUUCCCAAUUUUGGCCCCGAAAGCUCGCAGACCAAGUGAAAUAGAAGAACAACAACAAUCUGAUAAUGCUUCAAAGUCUUUACCUAAUGAAACAACCUCUUCUGCUGCUGAACGUCAUUUUCAAGCACCAGAACUUCCAAAGUUACGGGCUAUUGUUUUUGCUGAAUUCGAUAAUGAUAUUGGACGUGUUCUUAGAUUUCAGGUGUUUUUUGUGAUUCCUUGUCAAGUUUUUGAUAAACAAAGAUUUGAGUCAAUUUCUUCUGCAAUUAUCCCAUCCGAGGAGAUGCGUGACAGAAUGAUUACCGUAAAUAUGUUUGAAAAUAAAAUUAUUGGAUAUCCAAUUGGAAUGAAGGACAAAAGAUAUCCUCGUGAAAUUCUUAUUUUCAACAUGUGCUUUGUUAUUUCUAGACAAGUUGAAUGUGAUUGGAUAUAUGAACCUUUGGUACAAAAAUGUGCUGAAUAUUUGGUUGAAUUAGAAAAAAAUAAUUUUACAGGAGAAUGUUUCUAUACAGUAACAGAAAGGACAACAAUUUAUUUAAAAUUAUUUUCAAAUUCUCGUGGAGUAGAACCUCCAUUAGUCAGCCCAUUUUCUGUGCCUAUAUUUACUAGAAUUCCCCCUCCUACCUCGCAAUCACAACUUGAAAGAAUGGAUGUACUUUCUCAAAAAAUUUGCCCUCAAAUAGACGGAAUUCGUUGUGUUAAAGAUAUUGCUUGUGUUGUUAGAAUUGACACUGAUCUAGUUGCUCGUUGUAUUCGAAAUUUAUGUUUUUAUGGAUGUAUUCGUUUACUACCAAUGUUUUUAUAUUUUAAUUGUUAUGUUCCAACUAAAAAGAUUAGAUAUUUUAUUGAAAGUCCGGGAAUUGUUGAGCGUUGCCAACGUUUUUCUAUUCUCGAUUCAAAUGCACCAAUUACUAGACCCUCAGAUAUUUUUAGACUUUAUUUGGGACUUAAACAUGGAGCUACUUUACAUAAUUGGUUUUUAUUAAUGUCUCCAAGGCAAUUAAAUAUUGAUGAAAGAAAAUUAAUUCAAUUUGGGGUUUAUCAUGGAUUUAUACGAAAAUUAAAUAUAUAUCCUGUUGCAUUACAUGAGGAUGGAACUAAAAUUGCCGCUGCAUGUACUGGAGAAUAUUCCUUAGAUGAUUUAGCUUUACGUUAUGUAUGUUCUCCUGUUGAAUUACAUCGGAAAUUAUCUUUAAAUGGAAAUUUUCAAUUUAUUUUUCGAUGA